UCCAACAUCCGUCCAGUACUGCUAUCUGUGAUCAGCCCACGGCAGGCACGUCAUUAAUUGGGGGCAGGCUUGGCGCUGUCACAAUGUCCAACUUCACGCUCGUAGACCCGAAGGGAUGGGACUGCGACCUACAAUCAGUGUAUUCGGCGUAUAUGGGCCAUUUUCAGCUGCAUAACAUACCAUGGUAUGACCGUUCGUGGGGCAUCUUCUUCGAGUCUUUCGAAGAGUUCCUCACCUUCUCAUGGCCAACGAUCACUGUGACCGACGCUUGGACCGGCCGGGCACAUAUCGUGGUCCGCAUCUCUGCCGUCGGUGCUUUUCUUAAGAUGCUCAAGACGAGGUUUGGUGAAACACUGCCCAUGGUCGAGAACAUCCUUCGAAUAACGCCUUUCGAGACCUCGCAACGACACAUGCGCACAAUCUCCGAGUAUGCGACGUACAAGAAGGUCUUCCAAACUCUCCCUGCGGUUCUCCUGGCAGCACAGAAAGUCCGGGUUCGGAACGGCGAACCCAAGGCCGUCCGCGAGCUGUGGGCUUCCAAGGACAAAACUUUCCUGGCUCUAGACUUCGAAUGGUCUGAACGCAAUACUGCGUCGUGCAUAGAAUGGGGCUACGCUGCCGUACGCUGCGGUCACCUGGACACAGCGGGAGCGUGGCCCCCUGAUCCCGAACCAAACUACAGACGUGGGCACUAUAUUGUCUCGGAGUAUGCGGACAAGGUCCACAACAAGAUGAAGCCGAGCUUCCCGUGGGCGUACGCGUUCGGCGAAAGCCAGGUCAUCUCGAAGGCCAAACUUCUUCAGAUAAUCCAGGCCAUCGUCAGCAGUCUGAUCAGCCCCGAUUCGGAGACAAUAACCAACGUUCUGGUGUUGGUCACGCACGGAACAACAGGCGACCUGCGUCGCUUAGAAGAGAUGAAGAUCAAACUCCCGCACAACCUCCUCGUCCUUGACACGAUGGCGUUCGAGCGGCAGCUCUACGCGGCCGGCCUGCGUGGUGCGAUGCAGGAAGCCUCCGGGCGUCCCCGCGACCAGGGGUCCAGCCUCUCGCUCAACGCGAUGCUCCAAUCUCUCGGCGUCGACAUUCACCGCGUGCUUCACAACGCCGGCAACGCAGCAUUCAUGACGCUCCUCGGCCUCCAGCUUCUCUUCGAUCCUGACACGAAGGUGCCGACGCCCAAGACCCCCAACGGCAUGGCUGCCAUGGCACGAAGCUCGAAGGGGUCCCCGUCCGUGCCUCCAGCGAUCGCGUUUGUGCCGCCCCCGGCGGUAGCGUUUCCGCCGAUGGGAAUGAUACCCCCUGUUACGUUUCCUGGUAUGAGGCUCUCGCCCGAUGUGUACGCCGACAUGGCUGGGAACCGUGCGUCCUACUUCCCGGCGCAGCGGACCAUCAGCGACUUCCGCGACAACCGGCCCUCGUCUGCAUCUGGUAGUCCCGGGAGGCUCCCCGGCCGGCAGCGCGUGAACUCGACGAAUGCCGUCAAUGAGCUGGGGGAGAAGAUGAACACGAUGCAUGUCAAGGCCCGGACGACGGAUCCUGGGACCCCUCCACACUCUCGGUAAAUCCCCUCUCACAAAACACCCACAGAGAACCGCGUUUGCACCCGCGCAUAUCCACAUUCUGUGCAUGCGUCAUUCUACAUGCACUCUGUAUUCGGACUGUACGGACUUCGGCCUGACACAAGAUCUUGGGACUUUGUACGCGCGCAUGUAACGAGACUGUCACGUUUUUCUUCCAUCGAUAAC